GUAUUGAUUUCUCCAUCCCUUCCUCUCUCGCUCUCGCUCUCGCUCUCGCUCUCUCUCUCCUUUCGCCGCUCCCUGUGGGGGAUAACCCGUUCUCGCCGGAAAACUCCUCCGUAAGACGGGAAGAGACCGGGCCUCCGAUGGACAGGAAGAAGGGGGCUUCCGAUGAACAGGUGUACUUGUGAAUCGUUUGGAUGACUGAUUCGCACCGUCCUCCUUUCUGCCAAUUAUUUAUGGUUCUCCCCGAGUAGGUGGGAGUACUGUUAGAUAGUGCAAUCCAGUUUAAGUUGUGUAAUUUCAAUGCAAGGUCAAAGAAGUACGGUUAAUGCAUUUCUUGAAGCAUUUGACUUAGAAAAUGGUUCGAACUCAAGGGAUGGGCAAGAAAUUUGUUGGAGUAAUAUGACAAAUUCAGGUAGUUCACAAAAUUUACAUGAUUAUCUGUUACCUUCUAGUGAUCGUGGCAAUAUGGCACAUAUAGAUGCUGUAGGUCACAGCAGGAGCCAGUUAAAUCGUUGGGAUUUAGUUGGCUCUAGUACCAGACAGCCGACCCUUGAUCAUGCUGGCCAUGAUGUUAAAAUGGAUGAUGGCUGGGAUUUACCAUUAGCUGAACAUGCUUUAAUUAGUCCAUCAUUAUUAGAGAGACAAGUGGAACAGGGUAAUGUACAUUCUCUGGAAAGUGUUACGAUAGGCCUGCAUAAUUCUCUUCCAAAUGGGCCAUUAGACCAUCGUUGCUCGAAUCUCAGUCCAUCAUCUCACAUUUCUGGCCGUGACACUGGCCUUAUAGGCUCUGAUCUGCAACCACUUAUAGGUGGUUCUAGAUCUCACGAGUGUACAGCAUCUUCCUCUGUAGCCAGGCCAAUAUUUACUGGAAAUUCUGCUGAUCCUGGUGGGAGCUCAUCGGGUACUGUUGGGAACAUAGGAGAUAAUAACAAUAGCAGGUCAGGUUGUUCAACGGAUCGAAGUCAUUUAUUCAGCAAAAGGAAGAGGUUGGAAUGCGAAGCUGGUCAAUCAUCACUGGGUGAAGACAGUUCCCUUCUGCAAGGUGGGGAAAACAUUCAGCACGUUCCUCCUUCUGAGCAGAAUGAAACUCCAAAUGGCUCUAUGCGUCCACCGCAUUCUUCAAAUGUUAAUUCUAUUGAAGGAGAGUUGAACCCAGCACUUUGUACUGGCACCAGUGGAUCUGUUGCAGAUUGUCCUUAUUUGUGCAUCCGAAGUGGUGCUGAAAGCUCUCAAAGAAGCGUACGUAUGAGACUGAACCCAACAGAUGCUCCAGAGUCAUCACGUGGUCAGGUGUUGUCCUCAGGAAGUUCUUCAAGGAGUUAUUAUUGGCCACCUAAUUCAUCGUCAUCUGGUAGAAGUUUUCCAUCAAGCAGGCAUGCACAUUUGAGAUCAAUAAUUGCUACUACCAGUUCUCCCCAUAACCAUUCUAGUUCACAACACCUCCAUGGUGUUCAUCAAAAUUUACAUUCCUUGAGAUGGAAUGGGGGCACUAAUUUGAGAAUUGGUACUUCAUCAAGUUCUCCUGCCAUUUCUGGUGAGGAGCCAUCAGUUUCGGGGGAGGGUGCAAACUUGAGGGCUUUGUCUAGAAGCAUCUCAGAGCAUCUGAAUUUUGCACCACCUCCUGCAGCAAGAUGUUUUACUCAAGAUCAAGUUAAUUCAGGUUCAACUAGUGGGAAUGUACAUACAAACACAACUUCAACUUCUCUAGCUGGCUCAGGUUCUGCCCCUUCUCGUUCAACUGCUGGCUGGGUUCCUAGCCAGAAUCCCCUUCCACCUCUUCCUCAUUGGAUAUCAAGGGUUCAGAGAUCGUUGGUUCCAUCAUCAGACUCUGAUUCUGGAGCUCAGUCCUCUGCCUUUCCACCAUCAGCUUCAGCUCCUACCACUUCUUCAGCUGACUCUGUGCUCCCUUCAUCUGCUGGCAUUCAGAGGCAUCCACAUCACUAUCUGCGAUCGUCUUUCUUGUUAGAUAGGGCUGAUGAUGGUGUUCUUGGGGCUGCGUUGUCAAUGAGGAACCUGCAAGGUGCAAAUGAGGGGCGGUUUAGACUGAUCCAGAAUGCAUUGGACCUUAUUCGUCGUGGAGAGAGUUUAAGGUUUGAGGAUGUUUUGAUUCUGGACCAGCCAGCAUUUUAUAGUAGGGCAGAUCUGCACGAUCGGCACAGGGACAUGAGGUUAGAUGUUGAUAACAUGUCAUAUGAGGAACUGUUAGCAUUAGAAGAGCGAAUAGGAAAUGUAAGUACGGGAUUGAGUGAGGAGACCAUAAUCAAGUGUUUGAAGAAGAGGAAAUAUGACUCUGCAGCAAAUAACGAGGCAACAGAAGUCGAACCAUGCUGUAUUUGUCAGGAGGAAUAUGUGGAUGAGGAGGACCUCGGGAUACUGGAGUGUGGGCAUGACUUUCAUACAGGCUGCAUAAUGCAGUGGCUUGUGCGCAAGAACUUGUGUCCCAUUUGCAAAACUACGGCCUUGGUUACCACCACCACUUCAACCACCUGCUCUGAUGUUUGAUGAUGGUAAGAGAGAAAACUAUGGCUUAAUGUGAUGACAGGCAUGAGAGAACGGGAAGCAGCAAAAGAUCAAGUGGCUCUCUCACUCCCCCUUCCACCUCAUUGAAUCGCUCAUCUUAGUGAUGCCAAAUCAUUUUUCUUCUGUUUUUUUGUUUUAAGAGCCUGUCCUUUGGUGCUUCUUCCCAAUACCUGAGAGCCGUUUCUAGGCAUGCUGAUCGUUCAGAUGGCCUCCCUAUUCUUGGAAACACUGUCAUUGUCAUGUUUGAUGUCUGGUGAAUCGGCAGGAAGAAGUCUUCUAGACUUUUUUUUUUGUAUAUAAGGCUUGGCGACACAUUCAAGGAGACACACUGUCAUUCUAAUGCCACCAACAAGCCCAAACCAGCGUCUCUAUUUAAAAAACGACAGAAUUCAGUGCGUUUCUGUAAGCCUUCAGAAAGAGCUACCCGUUUUGUGGGCUCUCUGCUGAAUGGUUCUCAGCAAUGCGGCUUUGUAAACGAAUUCCAUAUUUAUCUCCAUGAUUGAAUUCUAGUCUGGAAGGGUUUAAAACCUCAGCUAAUGAGAGUUAAUGCUUGAACAUGGCUGAGUUACUGAAGAA